AUGCGAAAGUCUUUUUUACAGAGUUUUCCCGUACAAAUCACUGGAAUUCAAUCGACUGGUCAACGCAUAAUCGUAACGGAUUCACAGGAAUCGGUGCACUUUGUUCGAUAUAGGAAAUCGGAGAAUCAGUUGGUUAUUUUUUGCGACGAUACGACUCCACGUUAUGUGACCACUUGCUGCGUUUUGGAUUACAAUACAGUGGCUGUUGGGGACAAAUUUGGGUCAAUCUCUAUCGUGAGUUUUUAA